ACGCUGACACACAUAUACUAUUUAAAAUACUAGAAACAUUUUUUUCCUUGACUGGUAUGUCAUAUUCCCAAUUGAUGAUUAAACCAAGGUCCAAAACAAACAUUAAAUCAUCAUCCAUAAAGAGAAAAGGAAAAGUGCAAUUCACAUGAUCAGAAGGGACGAAAAGAGAUCCAAGGGUUAAAAUUCUUUCAAGGGGUUGAUGGUAUUACAAACAUUUAUUGCAACAGCAAUCAUCUUGCUAUCUGUAGAUAAUAAAUACAAUUACAUAUAUACGGUGAGAGAGUGCAAUGAAGAUAAGGUAUUGGCAGAAGUCUAGAGGAUACGAAAGGCUUGAUGGAUCGGCGAAGAAGGCCAAAUCUGGUGGGAGAAACGUAAAGCGAGUCAAGUUUGAUCCCACCCGGAAGAGACGGUUUUGGAGGAUCAAGAUAGUGCCGAAGCUGGGGGUCUUGAAAAAGGCGUCGCCUAAGAAGCUUUUAACGUGGCUUCGAGAUGCUUACGUCAAUAUGAUGCUGAGCUUCGCCAAUUCUCGGGUCAUUGAGUCGUCUUACGGGUUCGGUGAAUAUGGGUACGGGUCGGGGUUAGCGUCGAGGGAGUAUGAUGAGAAGAAGCUGGUGGAGAUUUACAAAUCCAUGUUGAUGGCGCAGGGGUCUCUCGUACACCGCGACGUACCUAAGCUUUCGGCUGAUUCUAUAAAACUCUCACCUCUUAUGUAAUUACAUCGAUUUAGUUGCACUAAAACAAAAUAUGGGGAUUAUCGAUGUUAAAGUUGUGAUUGUAAUCUGUGUUAAAGUUACAGUUCUGAAACUAUCAAAUACUAUAUUAAUCAAAUAAUAGUGGAUCCAGCCUUUUAUAAAAUGGUUUGCAUUUAUGAGGUGUUGGCAUGGAGAAUAAUUUAGUGUAAUGUUUUCGAAUAAUAUAAGUAUUUGGUUGAC